AAACCUUCCCAAGGACAGUAAUUGGGGUCAGUGAUUAAAAGCUCCAACUAUACAGUGUGGAUCUUGACAUUCUGAAAUACUGAUAUGCGCUGUUUUAGCUAUAUAAUUUUUGUCCUGUUAUGGACAAAUUGUGUUCUCCAGAAAGUAUCCCAGCAGAUGCAAGUUGCAUAUGAUGACUUGGUCAAUCUACUUACUGAGCCAGAGAUUCCAACAACUUGUGGUCCUCCACCUGCUAUUGGUAAUGCAAUGCUUCUAAGCAAUGGUAGACAGGAAUUUUUAUCAGGUGAAUCUGUGAUCUAUCAGUGCUACAGGCUGUAUGAAAUGGAGGGCACUCCAAUUGCGAUGUGUGAGAAUGGUCAUUGGAGAGGUGUUCCAAGAUGUGUUCAAACCUGCAGAGCUAAUCAAGCUGGCAUGGACCGUAACAAUAUUCAACUGAGGGGGCUUACUAAGUCAACUUCUUUGAGAGCAUCUGAUUAUUGGAUGGAGUUUGAGUGUAAACCAGGAUUUCGUAAGCAUCCAUUAUCAUCACCAUUUAUGAAACAAUGUGUAAAGGGACCAUGGGUGUAUCCCAGAUGUGUAUAAUAGAGUUAAAUAUUUCCUAAUUCAUCUAUACAAAAUUCACACAUAUUCUCAUAACUUUCUUCUUGUACGGUGGCAUGUAAUUGCCUGAGUUUAAGGUACUUUUAAAAAUCAGAAAUAAAUAAUACAGGGACAAAUUGUGUUGAUUCUUAUACUGCUUGCUGACAUUUCUUGCUAUUGGUGAUUAUUUGUGACCUCUUUGGUCUUUAGAAUGCUCAGAAGUGAAACUUCUGUGAUGUGUUAUUAUCUGCUCAGAAGUACAAGUACUAUUCAGGUUUCCCAUUUAAUCAUAAUUCCCCAUCCCUUCUUAAUAACUAAUGAUUUAUUAUUAUGUUGUGUACCAUCUGGAAAUCUCAUCUAAGGGAGGAAUUACAGUAUAUUACUCUGCCAAUUCAUCUUUCAACUGUAGACCAUUGUAAAAAUCCUAGUACAUAGAAACUGCUGUUCUCAGAAUAUAUGCUGUGGCAUUUCAGGUUUCCAUAGAAAACUGCAGGAUAUUUUAAAGGGAAACACAGUGAUAUUCAACAUCUGUAGUGCACAAACUAUUAAUCGAAAAUCACAAUUUUUCCUUAAAAAUUUAAAAUAUCCCACAGCACUCCUUUGUGAAUUCAUUGUUUCUGUUAAGCUCAUAGUUUUAGUAUUUAGUAUUUAUUUGAUUUGUCAAUCACUUACAAGAUACAGGUAUAAGAAUAAAUAU